CCUCCUCCUCUCCACCCCCUCCAUCUCUUAUUCCUCUUCCUUCUCAAAUUCACUCAUGCUAACCAACCAUCCUCCUCCUCCUCCUCCUCCUCCUCCUCCUCUUCCUCCUCAUCCUCCUCCUCCUCCUCCUCCUCCUCCUCUUCCUCCUCCUCCUCCUCCUCCUCCUCCUCCUCCUCCUCCUCCUCUUCCUCCUCCUCCUCCUCCUCCUCCUCCUCCUCCUCCUCUUCCUCCCCCGCCACAGGGUCAGAAGGUCAAGGAACGCCCCAAUGCCAGCACCUACUACGCACACUUCGACCUUUACGAGCGAGGCAAGUUCGACGAGAUCCUUGAGGGGAUGGUCAGCUCCCACGCCCAGAACGAGGACAUGGCCAUUUCCGAAGCCAUGACCAGCAAGAUGUUCGAGGACGCUAAGACUGGUGUUGGCCUGGACCUGGCGGCACAGAUCCUGCAGCAGGGGCGUGACCACGGCAUCGCUGGAUACAACCGCUGGAGGCACCUCUGCGGCCUCCCGAAAGCUGCCUCCUUCCAAGGCCUGAGUGACGUCGUUGCCCCGGAAAACAUCAAGAAACUACAAGGGAUUUAUAAGCAUGUGGAUGAUGUGGAUCUCUUCACCGGUGGACUCGCGGAAAAGCCAAACUGUGGAGCGCUGGUCGGGCCCACGUUUGGCUGUUUGAUUGGUCGCCAUUUCCACCACCUGAGGCGAGGCGAUCGUUACUGGUAUGAGGACGACAUCCCGCCCUCCUCAUUCACUAAGGAACAACUUUACGAGCUCUGCAAGACCAGCCUGGGACGUGUGAUCUGCAACAGCAGCGACAAGCUCCAGCACGUCCAGCCCAAGGUCAUGCUGGAGGCUGAUUCCUUCCUGUAA